UUUCUCCAACACUCCAACAGAGUGUGUGUGAGCUUCAGUCACUGCGGGAGGAAGAUCAGAAAGAGCGAACAUCGUCAGCCAUGGCCGCCAUCAGCAGCUCAAACACAGUUUUCGCCUUGGAGCUGCUCCGUACUCUGAGCCAAGCGGACCCCACUGGGAAUAUCUUCGUCUCUCCGCUGAGCAUCAGCUCAGCUCUGGCCAUGGUCUACCUGGGAGCUAGAGGAGACACUGCUGCUCAGAUGGCACAGGCCCUGUCAUUCAGCUCAGGUGAAGGAGUCCACGCAGACUUCCAGACCCUAAUCGCUGACAUCAACUCACCAUCUGCAUCCUACAUCCUGAAAACAGCCAACCGUCUUUAUGGAGAGAAUACGGCCAACUUCCUCACACAAUUCCUUGCAGCCACACAGAAGCACUACCAGGCCGACCUGAAGGCGGUCGACUUCAUCGGUUCUCCAGAGGCGUGCAGAGGGGAGAUCAACAGCUGGGUCGAGCAGCAGACAGAAAAUAAGAUUAAAGAUCUUCUGAAGCCGGGAACAGUCAGCACAAUGACACGACUGGCUCUGGUCAACGCUAUCUACUUCAAAGGAAACUGGAUGAAUCGCUUUGAUGAAGCAAACACCAAAGAGAUGCCCUUUAAAGUCAACCAGAAUGAAACCAAGCCGGUCAUGAUGAUGUACCAGAUGAAGAAGCUUCCCUACAACUACAUCCCAGACCACAGUGUGCAGAUCCUGGAGCUGCCGUACAUGGAGGAGGAGCUCAGCAUGUUCAUCCUGUUGCCUGAUGAGUCCGAAGACGGCUCCAACCCUCUGCUGAAGCUGGAGAAUGAGCUGACACAGGAGAGGCUGGAUGAAUGGACCAACAGGGAAAACAUGGACAUCUACUCAGAAGUCAACGUUCACCUGCCAAAGUUCAAGCUGGAGGAAGACUACGAGCUGAACGAGCCUCUGGCUAAACUGGGCAUGACGGACGUGUUCUGCUCAGCGAAGGCCGACCUGUCUGGCAUGAACGGCAAAGGUGGACUCUUCCUGUCCACGGUGGCACACAAAGCAUUCGUGGAGGUGAACGAGGAGGGCACAGUGGCGGCUGCAGCCACGACUGGCAUGGCACAAUUCUGCAUGUUCAGGGAGCCAUGCUUCAAAGCAGACCACCCCUUCCUCUUCUUCAUCAGACACAACACGACCAAGUCCAUCCUCUUCCUCGGCAGAUUCUCGUCUCCUCAGUAGACAGAACCAGCUGAG